CUGAGGUUAUAAAUGCGCGCGCUGUGCGAGCUCGGUCUCUCUCGCGCUACAGGAGUGCCAUGGCGUCGUGCGCUGUACAGCUGAUUGAGAAAGUGACGAGGAAGAAGGUUGAAAAACAGAAAUUCGAAACGCACAUUUUGAAGGGCCCUUAUAUGAAGCACCCUUUACAAAACAGAUGGGGUCUUUGGUUCUACAAAAAUGAUAAGAGCAAAAUGUGGCAAGACAAUCUAAGGCUCAUCACCAAGUUCGACACAGCUGAGGACUUCUGGGCCUUUGUUGCUUUACAGGAUGGCAUCGAGCCCAUGUGGGAAGACAGGAGUAAUAAAUGUGGUGGCCGCUGGUUGAUAACUCUCGCCAAGCAGCAUAGACACACAGAACUUGACCAUUUUUGGCUGGAAACGCUGUUGUGUCUCAUUGGAGAGGGCUUUGGCUCCUUCAGUCGGGAUAUCUGUGGAAGUGUAAUCAAUAUCCGUGCCAAAGGGGACAAAAUUGCCAUCUGGACCUCCAAUGCUGAGAACUGUGAGACCGUGACAUACAUUGGUAAGAAGUAUAAAGAAAGUCUCGGGCUCCCGCAGAAACUUGUUAUUGGAUAUCAAGCCCAUGCGGACACUGCAACCAAGAGCAACUCCAUAACCAAAAACAAGUUUGUCGUUUAAAAGUGGGCUUUAGUUUGAUGCUGUUGGAGAAGCCUGGAUGUUUCUAUUGAUAAAAGAUUAAUAACCUUGCAUUCAUAUUUUUUUUUGUUUCUUCACAUGUGUGGCUGUAACUUGUGGCAUUUAAAUUCACCUUGAUAAAAUGCAAGACUUUGUAAAUUUU